AUGGGUGUCUACCAGAAAAGUCUUAACUCUAGCGGCAGAAGCCUGCAGUCAAUGGACAUAUGUCUGAUGAAAGUUGAUGUGGGGAACGAAAAGAAACUACCGCGAGUGAAACACAAACUUAAACUGAAGAGGAAAUCAAGACAGUACAGGUGCCGGAGACGCUUAUCCCAGCUGCUACAUACCCACGUGGUUCUGAUAUCGGUCUGCAUCCUCAGCGCUCUUGAUGCAUCAUGUGUUCUAGGACAAAUCAUUUGUGAUAUACUCAUCAUGUCAGACACCCAACACGAGAACGAUAUCCUGCAGGAGGAGGCUGUGAAGCAGUUUAAACUUCUGUGUCCUGCUCUAGAUCCCCAUCCAGACAGUGAUCACACACUUGGUUUGGACGAAAUACUGGAAACACUCGAAAACAAUCAGACGAUCUGCAGUGCUACGCACUCCUACUCUCCGGUCCCGCAUGCUCAUAACGAUGGAGAAUCACAUGAGACGAGGGUCGAAACUAAACCGUUUUCCAAUUUCGACCUAAGGUCAAAGGGAUCAGUACAACACAAGAUAGAUGGUUGGUUGCUUCGGAGACGGAAACGUGCGGACGAGAAUGGCCACCACCGAUCAAAACGUGCCGCUGGAGGAGACUCACAUGACCAUGGCCAUUCCGUUACGCAUGAGGUCACACACUACUUUCAUAUCGGGAGUAUGGCUAUAUUGUCCAUUCUGUUGUUAGAGGUGUUUUUGAAAAUAAUUGGAAUGGGACGUCACUUUCUUCAACACAGACUUGAGGUUUUCGACGCUUUUGUCGUGACUGUUUCCUGGUGCCUCGAUGUUGCUUUUUGGGAAGGUAUUUGGGCUCAUCCGGGUACCGAAGCUGCAACCAUCCUCAUCAUCAUUUUACCUUGGAGAAUCAUUAGGAUCGUCAACAGUUUCGUUUUGGUCAUCAAGGAAAAAGAUUUGGUCGAGUUGAAGGUUGUCAAACAGCAGUAUAGAUCAGCCGUGAAGGUCGCAAGGGCAUUGAAGCGGAAACGAGAUAUGUAUCGUGUUGAAUCCAGACAACUGCAAGGCCUUUGUAGGAAACAUCAAAUCGACGAGGCUGAGAUCAUAUCUUGUGCACCAAUAGUAAAGCAGCGUCGCCGCAGCAGCAGCCUGUUCCCGGUACUGUCUAGCUUUGCCUCUUUAGCAAUGAUUGGUGCUGUAGGAAACAGUGUUCCCGAUCUUCAUGAGCCCUCAUCAGAGGAAGAGGAGGGAGAGAGUGACAACCUAGCACGUACCAAUAGCAUUUCAGAACUGUUACGGUCCGUAUCGACUGAGAGUGAUCUGUCAGGGACUGUGACAUUUAGUCUCUCUCCUGACCCUAUGGACAGUCCAAGAGAUAACUCAGUAUUUACAUAUGAUGGUACAAGAAACGAUUAUAAGCCGCCACGCUAUGACGAAGUCAAUACAAGAAAUCUUGCCGAGGGUCUCCACACUCGACUUUGA